CGGCGAGUUGGCCAAUCGUGGCGGCGGCUGCGGGGAGCCACGUGACGCGGAAGCGGAAGUAGGAGACGUGGAGAUGGAGCCCGACGGGGCGACACGGCACCCCCCCAAACGCCGGUUACCGGCCACGGCGCCUCGUAUGGCGGAUCCACACCCUCUCUUCGAUGAUACCAGCGCGGCGGGGGGCGGCGGGGCCCAACCGGGCCGGGGUUACGGGGCUCCCCCGGCCGCCGCCGCCGCCUCCUCCCCGUACCCACCGGCCGCGGCCUUCCUGGGCGAGCCGGUGUCCAGCCUGGCCAUGGCCUACGGGAGCAGCUUGGCCAGCCAGGGCCGCGACAUCAUGGACCGUAACCUCGACCGGUUCAUCCCCGUGGGGCGGCUGAAGUAUUAUUUCGCCGUGGACACCGCGUACGUGGGGAGGAAACUGGGGCUUCUCAUCUUUCCCUUCGCGCAUCAGGACUGGCAGGUGCGGUACCAGCAGGACACCCCCGUCGCCCCCCGCUUCGACGUCAACGCCCCCGAUCUCUACAUCCCAACGAUGGCCUUCAUCACCUACAUCCUCGUCGCCGGCUUGGCGCUGGGCACCCAAAACAGGUUCUCCCCCGACAGCCUGGGCUUGCAGGCGAGCUCGGCGCUGGCCUGGCUCAUCGUGGAGGUUCUGGCCAUCCUCCUCAGCCUCUACCUCCUCGCCGUCAACACCGACCUCACCACCAUCGACCUCAUCGCCUUCGGCGGCUACAAAUAUGUGGGGAUGAAUCUGGGCCUCAUCGCCGGGCUCGUUUUCGGCCGCAGCGGUUACUACGUGGUGCUGAGCUGGUGCUGCCUCAGCAUUUUCGUGUUUAUGAUCAAGACGCUGCGGCUGAAGCUGCUCUCGGAGGCGGCGGCCGAGGGGGUGCUGGUGCGAGGGUCCAAAAACCGGCUGCGGAUGUACCUGACCGUGGCCAUCGCCGCCGCCCAGCCCCUCCUCAUGUACUGGCUCACCUACCACCUGCUCAGGUGAGGGGGGGGCCCCCAAACCCCCCCCGCUCCCCCAAACCCCCCCCCAAACCCCCCCAAACCCCCCCCGCCUUUACCCCCCUCCCCAACCCUCCCUUUGCCCGCAGCUGCUUCAAUAAACGCUGCCCGGGG